CAACCAUAUCUAAACCAUAUGAAGUAUUAAUUAGAGAGAGAUUAAAGUGCAACUUCAUCCCAUUGUUGCAAUCUCGCCUCAUAUUCCCUUCGGUCUCUUUCGUAAUAUUUCCCAGUACACCGCGUAAAUCAUAAAGCAAGCCAAAGUCGUCCGACCACCGACAAAACCAAUCAUCACCGUCCAUUAACAUCAACGGUUUUCAACAUCCAAACUCGCAUCAAAAUCCUGUAUCUACAACACACAUCAUAAUCCCUCAAAAACCCCUUUAUAUAUCUCUCACCAGGAAGUCCCCACUUUAGUACUUCACAAGUCAAUCAUAGAAGACUAUCUCUCCCCGGCCACCCUAUAUUCGCUCUCUCCACCCUAUAUUCCUUCAAAUCUCCCUAGCUUUUCUCCGAAUUCCAUCAAUGUCCUCUCCUCCUACACUCCCGAUCUCCAACCACGCACCAUCCCAACCCUCAUCCAUCGCCACCCCCGCCUUCCGCGCCUUCGUCGGACGCCUCUCCGACUCUCUCCGACGCGCCUCCGCUCGCCGCCGCGCGUGGUCCGAACUCGCCGACUACACCGCCUUCUCCCGUCCGGACUCGGUCUCCGAGGCUGCCUCCCGCGUCCGCAAGAACUUCUCCUACUUCCGCGUCAACUACCUCACCCUGCUCGCAGCCGUACUCGGGAUCUCCCUCCUCUCUCACCCUUUCUCGCUCAUCACCCUCCUCUCUCUCCUCGCCGCCUGGCUCUUCCUCUACCUCUUCCGCCCCUCCGAUCAGCCUGUCGUCGUCCUUGGCCGCACCUUCUCCGACCGCGAAACCCUAGGUAUCUUGAUCGUACUAACAGUGGUCGUGAUCUUCCUCACCAGCGUUGGAUCCUUACUCAUGUCGACUGCAUUGGUUGGAUUGGCGAUUGUGUGCGUUCACGGUGCAUUUAGGGUUCCUGAGGAUCUGUUCCUUGAUGAUCAAGAUCCAAUUGGAUCCGGAUCUGGACUCUUCUCCUUCAUCGGUGGGGCCGCAUCGUCUGCUGCUGUCGCCGCAGCACCUUCUGUUAUCAUCUCGCGUGUCUAAUUGCAGGAUCUGAUGAUCGGUCCUAUUUUUUUCUUCCAUUGAUUUUUACUGUUUAUAUCGGCAUUCUUAUAUUUGGUGUUUCCUAGUUCCACGAAGAAAUUUGAUCAUAAUUUUUUUUUCUUCGAAAUUUUAAUUUGAUCAUAAUUUUAUAUGAUGAUACUUAUAUGCCAAGUGUAAUGAUUUGAUUUACUUUGUAUCAUCCAUAUAAAUUCUUACUGAUUUACCGAUG